GCUCGUGACGAUAAGCGGCCAUCUUCUUCGGGCGAACCAAUCUCUCAUCGCGGUGAGCCUACCAUGGCCAAGCUCAAAUUAGACAUGCCCAAGUCCGAUGGCAGUGAUCCCUUGGGUUGGUUAUUCAAGGUCCAUGAGUAUUUUGUUUUUUACGGCAUCGCAGAAGAUGCUCGUCUCCCGGCAGUAUCACUUAUGUUGGAGGGGCCGGCGUUAGAUUGGUUUCGUUGGCGGCAACGGGAUCGGCUUCUCAAAUCCUGGUCUGAAUUCGUUACUCAGUUCAAGCUGCGCUUCGACCCAUUAAAUUAUAUUGAUUACUUUGGGGUCUUAUCAAAAGUCCACCAGGCAGGCACGGUUUUGGAGUACCAGCAGGAGUUCGAAAAGGUCCUCGUCCAUGUCACGGGGGUGGCCGAAGCUAACCUCCAAUCUCUCUUUCAUGCCGGAUUGAAACCCCAUCUACAACAUGAAUUGUUGCUGCUCAAGCCCGCCUCUCUUUCGGAGUCAUUUGCCUUAGCUCGUGAGUUGGAGGCAAAACACGCCGCAUGGGCGUUGUCUGUACCCUCCCGUGUGGUCCAGGGGCGCGACCAUCCGACCAGUAAACCCUAUCAGGCUCCCUCCCCCGUAUCCUUACUGCCUCUCCCUGGGCAGAAACAGCAGGCCACUGUCAAGGCUCCACCGACCCCCCCUAUUCGUCGUUUAUCCUUUGCCGAGAAAAAGGAUCGUGAUGCAAAAGGAUUAUGUUACAAUUGCGACGAGAAGUGGGUGAAGGGCCAUCGCUGCGGUCGUUUUUUGCUGCUGUCGGAGGAUGAUGAUGACAGUCCGGACACCCCAGUGGAUGACACGAUAUUGGCCGCCGAUGUGUCUAUGCUGCAUAGCAUGUCGGGGGUUACCGCACCUCGCUCCUUACGGCUUUCAGGUAUGAUUUCCGGGGUUGUGGUCAGUGUACUAAUUGACGGGGGCAGUACACACAAUUUUAUACACCCCUCUGUAGUCGAAAAGUUACAACUUCCAGUGGUGGAUAUUCCAGUUUUUCGGGUGUAUGUCGGCAAUGGUGCUUCGUUGGUCUGUAGCCGUCAGUGUUGCAACGUCUCGCUCCUCUUACAAGGGACGAGUUUCUCGGUGGAUGUUUUUGUUCUGCCCAUUCACGGGCCGGACGUGGUCCUCGGCGUCCAAUGGUUACAAUUGCUCGGGAAAGUGACUCACGACUAUGCCAACCUAACGAUGGAGUUCACCUGGCAGGAGUCGUCGAUCGUGUUAAAAGGGGACGGUCUGUCUCCUCGGCCAUUGUCCUUACAUCAUCUGCACACCCUACAUGCUGCUAGUGUUUUUGCAGAAUUUUUUGAGAUCUUGGUAUCCCCAUGCAUGGACAGUAACUCUCAUGAAGAGAUAGCCUAGCCGAAGGAUCUGCCAGAAGCUGUUCGUGGGAUAUUG